AUGCACCUGUCCACCGCUCUAAAGAGGUACGAAUUUGAUGCCGCUUGCAAACAUAAUCUAACAUUUUAGACAACAACCACGCUCUCCGCAAUUGGCCUCCAAUCCAUUUUCAUCCCGGCCAACAGUCCCGACCUUAAUCCAAUCGAAAAUCUUUUUGGAAUAGUCAAAAGAAAUUGGCACAAAGCUAAGAAGACUCUUUCAAUGCAGGAAAAAUUGGAUUUCAUACUCAAUAAUUACAUUUUACAAUCCACCAUAGAUAACCUUGUCAUGUCUAUGUCGGACAGACUUUCUGCUGUUAUUAAUUCGAAUGGACAAUCUACAAAGUACUAAUUUUUUGUAUCUGUUUCUGUCCUUAAUUAUUUUUGACCUUUUAUGCGCCCUCCUCCUUUAUACGUCCUCAUACGUAGCCUUUAUUAACUUGGUUGUAAUAUAGGCGUUUCUCGAAAAUGUGACUUUUGUCGAAAAUUAUUUAUUUUUAUCUCAGUAAAUAAUAUUUUCUUAACCAAACUUUGCUUUAUUUCUUUGGCACAUCGUUUAUUUUCCGCUAUCAGACUUUGGGAGCCGUAGUGUUUACCGAUUUUGCGUUAAAGGCGUUAACCUGUGUUAAUUCGUGACAUUUCAUGAGUUAGCACAGGUACUGUACAUUUGAUGAAUUUGACCCUUUACAUGUUAUAUGUUUCCCCUUCGCUCUUUAGCACUAGACCACAAUUAUGACGUUAGUGAAGGAGACGAGCUAUCUGGACAGUGGGUUUGGUGAUAAAUUCCCACUCUAUGCAUAAGUUUAAUCCAAGGUCAGGUUUUCGCUUCUACGAUGUCCGCAUCUUCCGUCACAGUAGGCUACCAACCAACCUGACACUUCCCUCCAGACGAAGACGUCAAUGUGACCGACGGAUCCUGGUCCAACAUAGACCAAAAAGCUCUUGUGUUACUCUCCACCAUCUUGACAACUCAGUAUCUCCUACAAUGACCAUGAUGAUGAUGUUGAUGAUGAUGAUGAUGAUGAUGAUGCUGCUGCUGCUGCUGCUGAUGAUGAUGAUGAUGAUGAUGGUGGUGGUGGUGAUGAUGAUGAUGAUGAUGAUGAUGAUGAUGAUGAUGAUGAUGAUGAUGAUGAUGAUGAUGAUGAUGAUGAUGAUGAUGAUGAUGAUGAUGAUGAUGAUGAUGAUGAUGAUGAUGAUGAUGAUGAUGAUGAUGAUGGCGGCGGCGGCGGCGGCGGCGGCGACGUCGACAACGACGACGACGUGUGGUGGCGAUGA